AUGACAGAAUUUAUGAGGCAUCCAGAGUGUAUGAAAAAACUUCAAGAUGAGAUUAAUUCAGUUUCGACGCAUAAUUCAAAUACAUCGACUGAAGAUGUCCAACUAAAGAUAUAUGACAUUGCUGCAGGGACACAGGUAAUAAUCAAUGCUUGGGCACUCCAACGAAACCCUUCGAUAUGGGGACAUGAUGCAGAAGAAUAUAGACCAGAGAGGCAUUUUGGUUUGAACUUGGAUUUUAAUGGUACUGAUUCCAAGUUCGUUCCAUUUGGAGCAGGAAGAAGCCUUUGCCCCGGGAUCGGAUUUUCUAUGGUCUUGUCCAAAUUGACACUAGCCAACCUUGCGAAAAGGUUCAAUUGGAGACUCGAGGUCGGACCAGGGGGAGAUGAUAAGCCUGACCUAGUUGAAGCAUCUGGUAUUGAUGUUUGCCGCAAAUUCCCUCUCAUUGUCUUUCCAUCACUUGUGCAUGCGUGA